GGGCCGCCGGCGCCGCCGCCAUGAAGCUGGAGGUGUUCUCGCAGCACUAUGAGGACAAGCUGAGCGCCGGCAGCGACCAGGAAGGCAGCGGCUCGCUCUCCCCGGCUCCCGCUGACAGCGAGCUGGGCUCGGACGGCGACUGCGCCGCCAACAGCCCGGGCGGCGGAGCCGGGCGACCCGGGCACCCUCCGCCGCCGCCCCCGACCCCGCAGCCGCCGCCACCGCCGGUCGAGAGUGCCAAGGGGAAACCCUACACACGGCGGCCGAAGCCGCCGUACUCCUACAUCGCGCUGAUCGCUAUGGCCAUCCGCGACUCGGCCGGCGGCCGCCUGACCCUGGCCGAGAUCAACGACUACCUGAUGAGCCGCUUCCCCUUCUUCCGCGGCGCCUACACCGGCUGGCGCAACUCGGUGCGCCACAACCUCUCCCUCAAUGACUGCUUCGUCAAGGUGCUGCGCGACCCGGCGCGGCCCUGGGGCAAGGACAACUACUGGAUGCUCAACCCCAGCAGCGAGUACACCUUCGCCGACGGCGUCUUCCGCCGCCGCCGCAAGCGCCUCAGCCGCGCUGCCCCGCCGCCGCAGCCCGCCCGCUCCGCCGCCGCCCCGCCGCAAGCGCCGCAGGAGGCGGCCGGGGCGAGAGCCGCGUCCCCCGGCGGUUCCCCGCGGUGCUGCUGCGCCUCCUCGCCCUGCAACUGCGCGCAGGGUGCCAAGGAAGCCGCGGCGGGGGGCGGCGGGGCGAGGCCGCCGGGCGGCAGCGCCAAGUUCUCCAGCUCCUUCGCCAUCGAGAGCCUCCUCCAGCGGCCGGCAGGACCCCGCGCCGCCCCGCAGCCGCCGCCGACACCGCACGCCCGCCUCCUCUGGCCGGCGCCGCCCGCGCCCCCGCACCUGCUGCCCGGCCCCUACCCGCUGCUCUCCUACCCACCUGCCGCGCAGCCCCCGCCCGCUGCCGCCCUCUACGGCGGCGGCCUCCUGCAGCUCUGCGCCUACGGGCUGGGGGAGCCGUCGCCGCCGCCGCUGCUGCUGGGGGGCGGGCGGCAGGCGCUGUCCCCGGGGGAGCCGCCGCCGGAGCGACCGAGGGUGCCGCUCUUCCCCGCCGCCCUCGCCAAGGGCGGGCGGGGGCCGCCGCGUCUCCCCCUCUACGGGCCUCUCCGGCUGGCCGGGCCGCUGCCGCCGGCGGCGGGGGGCUCGGCCUCGUUCCAGCCGUACGCCGUGGAGACCCCUCUGGCUUAAUGGAGCCCCCCUCCUCCCCUGCGAGGGACCUGCCCGGGGAGGCGUGGAGGGGGAAAGGAGGAGGCUCUGGAUACCGCACUUUAACUCCAGAGGCGACCAAAGCCUCCAAGCAAAAGCCUCGGUGACUGUGCCUUAGUGAAAAGACAGUAGGGUUAACUUAAACCAAAAAAAAAAAAAAAAAAAAAAAAAAAAAAAAAAAAUCAAACAACUGUCGGUUUGGACAUAGCCAUGAGCCUCAAGUGCUUCUUACUGUUCGUUGAGACUACUUGACUUCAGCCAGUCCCUCCGCCACCUCCUUUCUGUCCCCCCCGUCUCGUUCCCACGUCUCCUGCUACAGAUGCCUUGGGCAGCAGAGCGGGGAGUGCCCUGCGGAGGGGCGCGGUGGCGGCCGCAGGGGAAUGCGCUGUGCGCUUGGGAAGGCCGGGUGGGUGAACGGGGCCUGGGGAACCUGCUGGGAAGAGCAGGGAGAGAGGAAGGGAGGGGGCCGGGGCUGCUGUGGAACCGUAGGUCUGUACUGCAAAGCAAUGCAUCACUGUGCCAAAAGUAAAUCUUUUCUCCUGUCCGGCAACUAGCAUUUCGUGGGAAGGGAGGACAUUAAAUUAUUUAUAAAAGUAGUGUUUUUAACACAAAGAGAGUGCAGCUUUUUUAAUUAUUGGAGGGGGUGGGC